UCCUGUGGGCAACAACAACAAUCCGGGGCUAGAGGAGAAAGAUGGACCCGUGAGGCUUCACACGUUCGAUCCCCAUCGCGGUCCGUCACACCCGCUGCUGUUUCCCCCGGAGCUUUGUAUGUCGACGGCGCCGAGGCCAUGAACCUGGCGAGUCACAGCGGGGACGCUGGCGGGAGCCAGCUCCUCUUCGCCAACUUCAACCAGGACAACACGUCCUUAGCUGUUGGCACCAAAUCAGGAUACAAGUUUUUCUCUCUGUCCUCCGUGGACAAGCUGGAGCAGAUUUAUGAAUGUCCAGACACAGAGGAUGUGUGCAUUGUGGAGCGUCUGUUCUCUAGCAGCCUGGUGGCCAUCGUCAGCCUCAAGGCCCCCAGGAAGCUCAAAGUCUGUCACUUCAAGAAGGGAACCGAGAUCUGCAACUACUCCUAUUCCAACACCAUACUGGCCGUCAAACUCAACAGACAGAGGCUGAUCGUGUGUCUGGAGGAGUCCCUGUACAUUCACAACAUCCGAGACAUGAAAGUGCUGCACACUAUCAGAGAGACUCCCCCCAACCCUUCAGGAUUGUGUGCCCUGUCCAUCAGCAAUGAUAACUGUUACCUGGCGUACCCAGGCAGUGCGACGAUAGGAGAGGUUCAAGUGUUUGACACAGUCAACCUGCGAGCGGCUAAUAUGAUUCCAGCCCACGACAGCCCGUUAGCUGCUCUGGCUUUCGAUGCCAGUGGAACCAAGCUGGCCACAGCCUCAGAGAAGGGGACGGUGAUUCGCGUCUUCUCAAUCCCAGAGGGACAGAAGCUCUUUGAGUUUCGGCGAGGAGUCAAGAGGUGUGUGAGCAUCUGUUCGUUGGCGUUCAGUAUGGAAGGCCUGUACCUGUCGGCCUCCAGCAACACAGAGACGGUCCACAUCUUCAAAUUAGAAACACAGAAGGAGAAGUAUGUGCCUGCGGAGGAGCCCACCACUUGGGGAGGGUAUCUGGGCAAGGUCCUGAUGGCGUCCACCACCUACCUGCCUUCCCAGGUCACAGAGAUGUUCACCCAGGGGCGAGCGUUCGCCACCGUGCGUCUGCCCUUCUGUGGACACAAGAACAUCUGCGCCUUAGCUGUGAUUCAGAAGAUUCCCCGGUUGUUGGUUGCAGCAGCUGAUGGUUAUCUGUACCUGUACAACUUGGAUCCACAAGAGGGAGGAGAAUGUACACUCAUGAAGCAGCACAGGUUAGAUGGCAGUACUGAACCAUCCAAUGAGAUCCUCGAUCAAGGGUCACAUGAUCGCCCACUUGUGGCCCAAACUUACAGUACUGCUGUCACUAAAGGUUACUGUGAAGAGCAGGGCGCCGUGGGAGGGGCGGGCCUAGAUGAUGACCUCAACGACUUGCGCCUCGAUGAGGAGAACGAGCAGCCGCCGCUCAUCCUUGAAACUGACUGACUGACUUAACGGAGAAGGCUGUACCCACCAAUCAGAGGGCUCCUCUGGUGCUGCUACAAACAUGUGACACAAGGGGGGCGGGGGGCAGAA